GCUCCAGCCUGAACGUCCUCCUUGAAGCUGCCCUGUCCCGCCCACCCUCACCCCUGCCGGCUCCACUCUGGGUCCAGUUCUCCCCGCCCCUCCCCGUGCGACGGCGCUGCCUCAUCCAGCAGAAGAGGCGCCGCCAGCGUGCGGCCCGGAAGAUCGGCAUCUUCAUCGGCUCCUUCGUCGUCUGCUUUGCUCCGUACGUCAUGACCAGGCUGGCAGAGCUCAUGCCGUUUGUCACCGUGAACACGCACUGGGGCGUCCUGAGCAAGUGCCUGGCCUACAGCAAGGCGGUGGCCGCCCCUUUUGUGUCCUCCCUGCUGCGCCAGCCAUUCCGCCAGGCCCUGGCCCACCUGGCCCGCCGGCUCCCGAGGAGGCACCCGCGCCUGGCGUCCCACCACUCCAGCUCGAUGGACGCGGAGAAUGACUUCCGCCUGCAGCAGACUCUCUGA